GGCAAUGGCUGGCGAGACUGGCUGAACAAAACGUUAAAACGUUCAAUGAAAUCCUUCUAGCUUCAUUAUUGGAGAGAGACAGAUGAAGUAUGAUGGCAUCGAUCGAUGGGAGGGCAGUGGAGGAGUGCUAGUGGAAUAGCUUGAUUGGCUUCAAAGACACGGGAAAUCAAUUACUUCAACAAAAGAAAAGGGACAUAAUUCUCCUUUCUGGUCAGAUAUUUUCUUGUUUUUCUUAAAGCAGUGGAUCGGAGUAGUUGUGAACAAGCGCAUGCUAUGCCAACUUUGACGAAGAAGAAGAUGCAGAAUUAUCUUCUGUAGUUGGUAUUGUCUCACCUUCUAGCUUGUUCUAAUCCUUGGAGAUAUUAGUUUGCAGCAGACGACGCCAUGGGAGGCAUUCAGUACUUGCUUCUGCUCUUUCUCGCUUUCAGAAUGCACGUCAUUAACUCACUUACAGAUUCUCAUGAUGCCGCUGUACUCCAAUCCCUGAAGAGCUCGUGGGAACACACACCACCAAGCUGGCGAAAUUCAAAUGAUCCUUGUGGAGCACCCUGGGAAGGAGUUAUGUGCAACGAUUCUCGGGUGACUGCAUUGGGAUUGUCAACCAUGGGCCUAAAAGGGCAACUCACUGGUGACAUUGGAGAUCUCACUGAAUUGAGAUCCUUGGACCUGUCAUUUAACCAAGGCCUCACAGGUUCCCUGUCUCCGCGGCUGGGGGAUCUACAAAAUUUAAACAUCUUAAUCCUAGCUGGCUGCCGCUUCAGUGGUGAUAUUCCAGAUGAGUUGGGCAACCUUGCAAAGCUGUCCUUCCUGGCUCUCAAUUCAAACAACUUUACCGGUAAAAUACCUCCAUCUUUGGGUAAACUCUCCAAAGUCUACUGGCUGGACCUGGCAGAUAAUCAGUUGACAGGACCCAUCCCAAUAUCAACCUCCACUACCCCAGGCUUGGACCUCCUUCUGAAGGCUAAACACUUCCAUUUCAACAAGAACCAGCUUUCUGGUCCCAUUCCGGCCAAGCUUUUCAGCUCUGAGAUGGUACUGAUACACGUAUUAUUUGAUAGCAACCAACUUUCUGGAAGUAUCCCAUCAACAUUGGGACUUGUACAGACUCUUGAGGUUCUUCGGCUUGAUAGAAAUGCUCUGACAGGAAAGGUCCCAUCAAAUCUCAACAACCUUACACACAUCAAUGAAUUGAAUUUAGCCUACAAUAAACUGAGUGGCCCUUUUCCAGACUUAUCUCAAAUGGACGCCCUCAAUUACCUGGACCUUAGUAUGAACUCCUUUGACCCAUCCGAAGCUCCAGCUUGGUUCACAACCUUACCAUCACUCACCACUCUGAUUAUGGAAUAUGGAUCACUUCGAGGGCAUGUCCCACAAAAAAUCUUCAGCUUUCCACGUAUACAGCAAGUGAAAUUGAGGGACAAUGCAUUUAAUGACACAUUGGACAUGGCUACAAAUAUCAGCCCACAAUUGCAGCUUGUUGAUUUGCAAAACAACAAGAUAUCCUCAGUGACGAUUGGCUCUGGUUACACAAAGACAUUGAUAUUGAUAGGAAAUCCAGUGUGUUCCGCUAAUCUCUCGAACACCAACUACUGCCAGGUUCAGCAACAAACUGCAAAGCCCUAUUCUACCAGCCUUGCUAAUUGUGAAAGCAAAUUUUGUCCACUUGAUCAGAAGCUCAGCCCUCAGAGUUGUGAAUGUGCUUAUCCAUAUGAAGGAACAUUAUACUUCAGAGGACCCCGUUUCAGGGAAUUGUCCAAUGACACUAUGUUUCAUUCACUUGAAAUGAGCUUGUGGGUGAAACUGGGCCUCACUCCUGGUUCUGUUUCUCUUCAAAACCCCUUCUUCAAUGUUAAUGACUAUCUUCAAGUGCAGCUGGCACUCUUUCCAGCAACAGGAAAAUAUUUUAAUAGGUCAGAGAUUCAGAGAAUUGGGUUUGAUAUGAGUAAUCAAACUUACAAGCCGCCUAUAGAGUUUGGACCCUAUUAUUUUAUCGCAUCUCCUUAUGUUUUCGAAGCCUCAGAUAGAGGAACUUCCUUUAGCACUCCUGUGAUUGUUGGGAUAGCAAUUGGCUGUGCCAUUUUGGUUCUGGUCCUCCUGGGGCUAGGGGUAUAUGCCGUUAAGCAAAAGAAACGUGCAGAAAAAGCCAUUGGAUUAAGUAAACCAUUCGCUUCCUGGGCACCAAGUGGCAAAGACAGUGGAGGUGCACCACAAUUAAAGGGAGCAAGAUGGUUCUCUUAUGAUGAACUCAAAAAGUGCACCAAUAAUUUCUCUGACAAUAAUGUGAUAGGCUCUGGAGGGUAUGGCAAGGUUUAUAGAGGGAUACUCUCUGAUGGACUGGUUUUGGCAAUCAAAAGAGCUCAGCAUGAAUCAAUGCAGGGUGGACUUGAGUUCAAGACUGAAAUCGAGUUGCUUUCGCGAGUUCAUCACAAGAACCUUGUUGGCCUUGUGGGUUUUUGUUUUGAACAAGGAGAACAGAUGCUAGUCUAUGAAUAUAUACCAAAUGGAACGCUUAGGGAGAGCCUGGCAGGGAGAUCUAACAUUCAUCUCGAUUGGAAGAGAAGACUCCGGAUUGCACUUGGCUCAGCUAGAGGACUAGCUUACCUACAUGAGCUUGCUAAUCCUCCCAUUAUCCACAGAGAUGUUAAGUCCACCAAUAUUCUGUUGGAUGAAAAUUUAACAGCAAAGGUUGCAGAUUUUGGCUUGUCUAAACUGGUAUCGGACACUUCCAAAGGGCAUGUUUCAACUCAAGUUAAAGGCACACUGGGUUACUUGGAUCCAGAAUAUUACCUGACUCAGCAAUUGACUGAGAAGAGUGAUGUGUACAGCUUUGGAGUGGUAAUACUUGAAUUGGUAACAGCAAAGCAACCGAUCGAGAAGGGAAAGUACAUCGUCCGUGAGGUGCGAAUGGCGUUGGAUAAGAGUGAUGAAGAAUACUACGGCUUGAAGGACAUGGUGGAUUCAUCCAUCAGAAACACCUCUAAUCUUAUAGGUUUUGGAAGCUUCUUGGAGCUGGCCAUGCAAUGCCUCGAAGACACAGCUGCAGACCGUCCAACAAUGAGUGAAGUGGUGAAGGCAGUUGAGACUAUCCUACAGAACGACGGCUUGGCUACAGACUCUACCACCUCUGCAUCCUCCUCUGCCACCGACUUUGGAGCUUCCAAGGCUGCUCUUAAGCAUCCUUACAAUGAAUCUUUGCCAAAAAAGGAUGUUACUGACAGCGAUGCCUUCGAUUACAGUGGCGGAUACACGAUUUCGGCAAAAGUCGAACCAAAGAUCCCUACAGCAACAUAUAAAAGACUUUCUCAGCAACCAAACGGAGAGUGAAGCCCCGGGCAUUAAUAAGAAGGAAUUAGGACAAAGGAAGAGAGAGAGAGAGAGAGAGAAAGAGAGACGGGUAAUUAGAUUAGACAAAAUUAGCUUCAUGAAGUCGUCAAUAAUCCAUGGUUGCUUUGGCUGAGACUUGGUGUGUAGAGAGCCAGCCAGGAGGCAGGGACUGCGAUUUUCAUGCAUUCAAUUUGAUUGAGCAUAUGUUUGACAAGUCAAGGAGACGAAUUUGUGUGUGUUGCAUAUUGUGUGUAGGAUCACUAUCUUAUCCAAAAUCGAAAAAGAAGUUAAUGCGGUGUUUGAAUGUUCAA